AUGUUUUGCGCCAUAAGUGGGAAGCCCUUGAAAACGCCUGUUUUUUCUCCUAAGUCGAGGUGUGUUUUCGAGAAAUCACUGAUAGAAAGUUUUGUUCAACAAAAUGCGCUAGAUCCCAUCAACAGAGAGCCAUUAAACUUAGAAGAACUUGUUGAAAUAGCACAGACCCCUGAGCAAUAUGCCAUGUCUAAUUCGGUGAAUUCGGCCACACUAAAGGCCAAUUACAGCAUACCUAACUUGCUGUCGUCUUUACAGGAUGAGUGGGACGCUAUCAUGCUGGAAAACUUCCAGCUCAGACAGCAGUUAGACGCCAGUAAAGUGGAGCUGUCAAAUGCACUGUAUAAGUGUGAUGCAGCAAUGAAUGUUGCCACACGAGCGACGAUUGAGACAGAAAAAUUGAAGCAUGAAUUGAGUCUCUUAUCUCAAAAUCUAACCCCAUCGAUGCCAACUGAAGCCAAAGCUGCCGAUGAUAAGCACCAGGCAUCAUCCCCAGAAUUUCCAGCGGACAUCCUCUCAAAGAUUGCCCAAAAGUCGGCAGAGUUUGCCCAAAACAGCAGAAAAAAUAAAGUGCGCUCGCCUCCAUGCUCCAAAGUAUCCGGCGAGGUUCGGACAGUGGCUGAGCUGCAAGCCAAAUCUUCUUUGAACUCGGCUUUUGUAGAUGGCAAUAUAGCCAAGGGUAAGCUGGCUGCUUUUUACGACCAAGAAGGUUCAUUCAUGCUGGUUUCGGCAUCAGAUCUCGAGACUGGAAUUGUAAAAAAUGUUCUUCAAUCCAAUGAAAGUAUUAGCUUCAUGGCGCCCUUAAACGGUAAACAAAUUUUGUUUGGUACUGAUCUAGGUAGCCAUGGCGUUUACGACAUUUCAGAGAGGAAAGCAAUCUACCAACUUCGAUUCAAUGAAUAUCAAGAAAUUGUCAUGGUAUCAUGGAUCAAAGAGGUCAGUGGUCAGGCGUACGUGAUUGUUGAUUCCAGCGGUGCGAUCGCGUUGGUGGAUACCGUCAAGGACUGUGAAUAUGACCUUUGCGCAAAUGAAUUCGCUACGUCCUAUGCGCACUUGCAUAAAGAUGGCCUUUUACUACUUCAAGGUAACGAAAAAGGCCUAAUCGUGCAAAACAUUUCACAGUUAAAUAAGCCACCCAUCGAGUUUAUUCAUGACAUCGAGUCCGAGGGGCCUAUCACUUCUGCAAUGUUUGCUUCUAAUGGCUAUUGGCUUGUGGUCACCACGCAGAAGCUACUUAAGAUAUUUGAUCUGAGGAAAAAACCCAAUACAGCUGCAUGUGAGACCUUGUCAUUCGCGGACGGUAAUCUGAUAGCAUGGGAUCUCGAGCCUAGCAUGAAGUCAUUAUUCGUGGCUAUUGAAAGACAGGGUCAAUCGAUUGUUCAAUCCUAUAAUUUUGAAAAAUCGGAGAAGAAAUGGGUCCAGAACAUGGACUUCACGUAUGCUGCUGCCGAUGUGCGGGACUUCACGUAUGUGUGGGAUGCGGAAUCCGCGUAUCUCAAAAGCUUGGUAGGAGAAGACCUGAUCAGUUUGAAGCUGGAAUAG